CCGAGACUACUUAUUUAAUGACUUGCGAUCUGUUGCAGCCUAACAGAAAGUUUUCGGUACUCGAACGGUCCGUGGCACUCCGCAAGAGUGCAAUAGAACUGAAGGUCUGACGCGAGACGUUACUCCGAAAAGGUUCUGUACAAUAAAUUAACCGGUUCGCCGUUAAGGUUGCUCCCGGAUUGGCAACGGUUUGUGCGAAAACCUGAUCGCCACAGAUCAGAAGGUGAUAGCCAUAAAGAAAAGAAAACAACAAUACCGAAACGGUGCAAUAUCGGUAACAGUUGAGAAUUUUGGCGGCGGCGAGCGUGAAAGUGUGCGAAAAAUGAAAAGUGUCACGAUGCGGUGGAUGGCGGUGUUGUUCCUGGGACAGCUGUGCUGGGCGAUGAAGUUUGACGUGAAGCCCGAGUUCAUUAAAACAUGCCGUUUUGCGGAUAAGGACUUCAUCGGAUGUUCCACCGAGUCCGUGCAGGGAUUGUUUGACAAGCUGGUGACAGGCAUAGAAGGUCUGGAACACGUCGGAACCAUUGACCCGAUGAAGAUCAGCAAGAUUCGCAUCCUGCAGGGAGACGGCCCGGUUAGUGUGAACGCGUCCCUGUCGAAGGUGAUCGUGACCGGAUUUGCUCAGACGAAAGUGGUCCGCAACGUUGUCAACAGCAAGGACUUCAGUUGGGACACCCACAUUCAGCUGCCCAAGAUGCGUCUGGAGGGAAACUAUCUGAUGCAGGGUCGUAUCCUGGUCAUCCCGCUGAACGGUCACGGCAAGUGCUGGUUUGAACCGAGUGGAAUGGACAUCGUGAUGAAGACGACUACCAAUCUGUACGAGCGGGACAACCACGUGUUCUACAAUGUUACCGACAGUAAGGUGGACUACACCAUUUCCGGCCUGAAGCUGCACAUGGGCAAUCUGUUCGAGGGAGUGAAAGUCCUGGAGGACAGCACCAAUCAGUACCUGAACGACAACUGGCGGCCCGUUUCGGAAGCGCUGAAACCGAUUAUCGCCAAAACCAUCGAGGACAUCCUGCUGGCGAUAAUGCAGAGCAUCUUCCACCAGAUUCCGGCCGAGUACUUCGUUGCGGAUUUGCCGCGCUCCGGGUAGGUUUGCUUUUGUUUUGUUUUCCCCUUGUAAAUAAAAUCAGUAUCAUAUUUU